AUGCUGAAACGACACUUCCCGGUCUGGUUCGAGGGCGUCGGCUUCGUCGUCGGCGAUCUACGAUUCAUCACCACGACCGUGGGCGAAGUCGAAGGCACGUCCAGCGACCCCUUCCCCGAGCUGCCGUGGGUGACGAAGAACUUCGAAGCGUACGCACGCGGCAAGGCCAGCUGGAAGCGCAUGCUGGUCCACCAGCCGCCUUUCUACGGGUUGGGGCUGGUGGUUUCUGAGAACAACCCCGAAUUGAUGCUAACGGACGAGGUCGUUGCAGACGGUACCGCACAUGGCGACCAAAGCAACCUCGGUGCACAGCAACCCCUCAGAAUGGAAGAGCUGCUUUCUCGCAGUCUGGUGCGCGUGUACAUCGGCCCCACCGAUCUCAUCCUCAACGAGAGGCCGCUCCCGGACCAUCCCGUGGAGAGCACCAGCUUCUGCGUGCUGUGGUACAAGGUGCCGUGGUGGCUGCAGCAGCGGACCAUCCACGGUCAGCAGGUCGUCGAUCCGGGCGGCCCCAUCGAGGACCAUCCGCUUCUAUGGCGGAUGAGGGAAUUAGCGUUCCCUCGGGACAAGAUAGGGCAUAGUCUGUUGUGUGUCGCGUGUCGGAGGUCGAUGGAGAGGUGGGCUCUUGAGGUGGAGAGGAUUGUUACCAGUCCCGCGGAUGAGUACUUUAGUGGUGACGGACUCAAAGUGUUCGAAACAACAUCGUUUCAUGGACGGGUAGUUGUACCGAUGAACUAUCACCUAGUUCCUUAG